ACAAUGCCUGCCACGCGUCGGAACUAGGUUUCUGGGGCGCGAGCGACACGAACGAGGGUACGUGGUGGUCAUCUGCGGCGAAUUCCAGGAAUCAUGCAUUUCUUAUUUAGAUUAAUCGUUUUCUUUUACGUGUGGGGCAUUUUUACUGCUCAGGGGCAAAAGGGAGAGGAGGAAGUGAAAAUAGAAGUUUUGCAUCGUCCAGAAAACUGUUCUAAGACAAGCAAAAAGGGAGACCUGCUAAAUGCCCAUUACGACGGCUUUUUGGCUAAAGACGGCUCGAAAUUCUACUGCAGCCGGACACAAAAUGAAGGCCACCCCAAGUGGUUUGUCCUUGGUUUUGGACAAGUCAUAAAAGGCCUCGACAUUGCAAUGAUGGAUAUGUGUCCUGGAGAGAAGCGAAAAGUGAUUAUACCCUCUUCGUUGGCAUAUGGAAAGGAAGGCUAUGCAGAAGGCAAGAUUCCACCUGAUGCAACGUUAAUUUUUGAGAUUGAACUUUAUGCUGUGACCAAAGGACCACGAAGCAUUGAAACAUUUAAACAGAUAGACACGGACAAUGACAGGCAACUCUCUAAAACCGAGAUAAAUCACUACCUGAAAAAGGAAUUUGAAAAAGAUGAGAAGCCACGUGACAAGUCAUAUCAGAACGCAGUUUUAGAAGAUAUUUUUAAGAAGAACGACCAUGAUGGUGAUGGCUUCAUUUCUCCUAAGGAAUACAAUGUGUAUCAACAUGAUGAACUAUAGCAUAUUUUUAUUUCUAAAUUUUCUUAGCUACCUACUGUACUUUAUAUAUAAAGCAGUCACUUUUCUCCAAGUUGUAUUUUCUAUUUUUCCCCAUGAACAUAUUUUGAUCCCCUCAAUACAUGUAAUUUUGGAAUAAUAAAUGUGAGACUGUUUUGCAAAGUUAA